AUGGCCGACAGAAGACGGCGGGGUGGAAUUGCUGGUGCUCUCUCUCGUCGAGGGCAGAUGGUGUUGUUGGAGAUGUGGGAGUGGGAGUGGGAGUGGGAGUGGAGGUGGAAAUGGGAUGUACAGCAAGGUUACGGGACUUGCUCGAUGCACAGCACCGUGAGGCAGAUUGGAAAUUGGGCAGCGGUUAGCACCUGGGAUGGCGUUCAAGACCCAUUCCGCCUUCUGCGGCCUAUCCUCUCUCGAGACCCCCCGAUUACCUCCUCUCCUCCUCGUCCAGGCACACAGGCACGCGAGAAGCGGACUGCCCGAGUCGACACGAGUAUCGCGGGGCGUACUCUGUGUCGAGUGACGGUGGGGCUGGGGCGGAGAGGAUGGAUACAGGACAAACAUAUUGAAAAGGCCCUCAGCCAUGUCGGACAGACAGCCAGUCAACGACAGUCAGUCCUUCAUCCAUCUCCCGGUUACUGGAUACUGGAUACCGUCUCUAUCGGUGAAGGAGAACGCCUCACAUUACCCAGACAGCCAUCUUGCCAUGUGGCCCAUCGGGGAGAGAUACUUUGGUACCGCCCCCAUAAUCUGAUCAUAAAUCAUGGCCAAGCUCGUCUCACGAGGGUUCGGGAAGAAGGAGCAAGAGAGCGAGGGCGACAAGUUGACGACGACGAUUUCUCCGCAGAGACCGUGUCCACAGUUCGAACUUCUGACGCCUCUAGACUAGAAUACGUGGCUGCAGGCCUGCAGCACACCCUCGAAAAUUCGAGGUCUCGCAUCGAGGAGAGGGACAGCCAGUGUCUGCGCAGUAUUGAGGCGCCCAUCUGUUUUAUACUCCUCGCUGCUCUCUCCUCUCUCAAGAAGCUUUCGCCUUACUCUAUGGGUGAGGGGGUCAGUCAGUCAGUUCACCCCAUGACAUUGACACCCUGGAGGGGAUGCGCCCUUCCCUGGAGGAGCACCCUCACUACUGGACCUGUCUGUGGUAUGUAG